AUGCGCGCGUCAGCUGUCUUGGCCGUGGCGUGUCUGCUAGCCCUGGUGGCCGGCACGGUGGCGCGCCCGCUUGAGGUGGCAUCUGGUGGUGCGGUCGGCGAUGCGCCCUGGUUCUGCCACGACCUUGAAUGUCCCAAGUACAAGCUGGUCGAAAAUCUGACGGACAUCGCCAAGUGGGUGACCACCACCGUCGAAGGCAAGAGCUACGACGCCAGCGUGGCCACGGGCUUCUGGCGGCUGUUCAAGUACAUCAGCGGCAACAACAAGGACGCUGCCAAGGUCGAGAUGACCGCCCCAGUCACCGUCAAGGUCCUGCCAGGCCAGGGCCCCGCCUGCAAGGACUCCUUCACCAUCUCAUUCUUCAUCCCGUUCGAGCACCAGGCGCGUUGCAGCCACGGCCAGCGUCGCCGGCGCCCACUGUGCGGCAGGGCCAACUGA